GGAGCGCGCAACUGGUCUGGCAACGUUCAUCCGGGAGCUCGCUUGUGCGGAGUUUCUGGCGCAUGCGCAGAGAGGUCGCUACAAGAUUUGUUGGGAAAAGAGUGGUGCGAUGUUUCCGAAAAAUCCGAAGAAUCCUCGUUACGGAUCGACUCCAGCAGCAUGAAAACAAACAAGAAGGGUGCUUCGAUCGUGGACUAACACCGUGCCGCAGGUCCCGAGCCGGCCGAGCGACCCGUGGACGAGGUGAAGCGCCGCGAAGAGUCCGAUAUUGUUGUCAGAAUCGCCCACUGUCCUUCCAAGAUGGCGGCGUAUUUUCGUUGAAAAAAAAUUGACAGGGUAUCCCCCCACAAAACCACCGCCAGUUCGUUCUCUCCGAGCGGGGGUUCCUUGCCUCACGAGAAAUGGAGCUUCGAGUCGGCAACAAGUACCGGCUCGGACGGAAAAUUGGCAGCGGAUCCUUCGGGGAUAUUUAUUUGGGGACAAACAUAACGACGGGCGAGGAGGUGGCCAUCAAGCUGGAAUGCAUCAAGACGAAGCACCCGCAGCUGCACAUCGAGUCCAAGUUCUACAAGAUGAUGCAGGGUGGCGUCGGCAUCCCGCUGAUCAAGUGGUGCGGCUCGGAGGGCGACUACAACGUCAUGGUGAUGGAGCUGCUGGGACCGUCGCUCGAGGACCUGUUCAACUUCUGCAACCGCAAGUUCUCACUCAAGACGGUGCUGCUGCUGGCCGACCAGCUAGUGUCGCGCGUCGAGUACAUCCACUCCAAGAACUUCAUCCACCGCGACAUCAAGCCCGACAACUUCCUCAUGGGGCUGGGCAAGAAGGGCAACCUGGUGUACAUCAUCGACUUUGGUCUGGCCAAGAAGUACCGGGACUCGCGGACGCACAACCACAUCCCCUACCGGGAGAACAAGAACCUGACGGGCACGGCCCGCUACGCCUCCAUCAACACCCACCUGGGCAUCGAGCAGAGCCGCCGGGACGACCUGGAGAGCCUCGGCUACGUGCUGAUGUACUUCAACCGGGGCAGCCUGCCCUGGCAGGGUCUGCGGGCGGCCACCAAGCGGCAAAAGUACGAGCGCAUCAGCGAGAAGAAGAUGUCGACGCCCAUCGAGGAGCUGUGCCGCAGCUUCCCCUCGGAGUUUGCCACCUACCUGAACUACUGCCGGUCGCUGCGCUUCGACGAGAAGCCCGACUACUCGUACCUGCGGCAGCUCCUACGCAACCUGUUCCAUAGGCAGGGCUUUACCUACGACUACGUGUUUGACUGGAACAUGCUCAAGUUUGGCGGCAAUCGGAGCCAGGCUGGCGGUGCCGAGGCCGGGGCCACGGGGGUGGUCGGGGCCGAGGGGGGUCCCGAAGGAGGUCACCGGGCACAGGGGGGAGCCCAGCAGGCGCACCACGCGUCGACGGCGGCCUCGCGGGGCCUGCCCCCGACCACGGCGUCAGGCUCGCAGCGGCCCCCCUACCGAGGGACCUUCCUGACCGGCAUGAACGGCGAGCAGCACGGCAUGCCCGCAUCUCCCCCCUACCCCCCAUGGAGGAAAGGCGCCGACCACCACAACGCCGCCUCCGGAGCUCUCACAAAGAGCGGCGUAGCAAAAGCAUCGGACAGGUAGAGCAACGGCACCGCAAGCACUGAUUGAGUCCUCCCCUGCCACAUUUUUAAUAUUUUUUUUGUCUCCCUCCCCUCCCUGCCGCUUCUGCCCCCCUGAUGUGGGGGGUCGAAUGUCAAGGGCAGAGGUUGGGGGGGGGGGUGUGGGUUUACUGUUGCUGCUGCUGCUGCUCCUUCGUGCGGAACUGUUAACCAUUUGACACUGCAAGGAGGAGAACAAGAAGGAGGCUUUGCUUGUCCAGUCAAGAAGAAGAGAUGAGGAGGGGUUCACACACGGCAGUGAUCCAUCCGACUGGCCCAUAUCUCUGUCCGGUCCGUCAUGCAUCAACCUGCAAGGGAACAAGAAGUUGUGGCGGCUUGUGUUCUUCCCCAACCACUUCCUGCGUCGUCGUCGUCGUGCGUCUACUCAUCGUGGCGUGCUGGCGAGCAGCGCCGUCGUCUGCUUUUUUGUGCGGGUUCGCUACUGCGACGAUGCUGGACGACGGGACUCUGCGACGUUUGGGUAUGGGGGGAGCUUUCUUUUGUGGCGGAUGAGCCCUCCGCAAAAACCCUCUCUUUCUUUUCGUCGUCGUUCCUACAUGGCAGAUACGAGUCUCUGCGCUCACGCGUGCGUUUCCCCUUCUCCUCCCCCUCAGCCCUCACUUAAUUCCUUGGCAGGGACAGCUGACACAGAAAGUGAACUUUUCAAAUUGUUGCCCUUUGACCGUAAAUCGUUCAACAUUAAAAGGAAAAACAAGCAGCGUACCUCUAAGCAAGCGCAAAAACAACAGCUGGCCAGUUGCUUUUUUUCUUUGACGUUGCGAUUCUUGCGUGUGCCUGCGCCAAGUUUGGUGUUGGCAGUAUAUUUUUUUUUAUGUGGAGGGAUGCGCCGUGGCUUCACUUCUCUCUAGAUGUGUUCCUCAACGUUUGUUUUCUCCGGAUCCUUCAUAGGCUACUUGCCUAGAGAAAAAAAAAUACCGAGUGACCCUGCUCCGUUGGAGUUCGAUGAACACUUGCGAGGAUAUCUACUUCCAACGAGUGCAUUUUUUUUUUUUUUUUCGUGCAGUGUUGUCGUUGUGCUUCUCGUCCCAUCCCCCAUGCCUUCUCACCUUCUCUGCACAUUUUGUUUUAAUUUGUUUUCUCUCCAGGCUCAGUGAAUAGCCUUUAUUUUUUCUAGUUGGGUUGGCAUCAGUCACUUACCUAGAGCCGUCCCGACAACAGUGCGUAGAAACCGAAAUCUCAGCAAAUUAGUUUCCCAGUUUGUUUUAGGAAGGAAAAAAAGAAGCCUUGUUGGUCAGUGCUCUUGUGGACUUUCGUUUUAGGCAUUGUCGAGAAUGAGUCGUCAUUCUGGGCAGCAAGGGGCGCACGGUAACUCAGGGGAAUAUGAAAGAAAAUGUUUUGCUGCUCGCUCCGGCUCUCGUUGCAGCCGUCUGUAAAUUACGUCGUGUGCAUAUGUAUGACACAGGCGCGAGAGGGCUCUGUGCACGACACGCGCACCAAAGCGAAGCAAGUGUUCACAGCUAAAUGGGGGAGUGUCGGUGAAGGAGUUGGGGAUUGCGGGAGCUACGUUUUCUUUUUUGAAAAGCCGCGCAGUGGGCGACGCUUUCACCGUUCUGUUUGUCUCGCGUAUGUUUCAUUUUAGUUUCGGUGUCGCUUGGAGAGCUGCGUCCUGUUUUCGUCUCUGUGAUGACAGCGGAUAUCCCCACGUCCCUAGCCUCACGACAUCCCCACCCUCCCAAUCCCUCCCCCUUCGUACAAAGAAGUGUGUGCAACUCGUUGGAUGCUUAGGGAAAAAAAUGCACGGGCCGCCAAGAUCUCCGUCUGGCUAGUAGCUGUGCCCGAUCAUACACUUGUAUAUUAUUUUCCUUUAUUUUUUGCCUGUUGAGUGUACCUCCGGUGCUUUCCGGCACGACACCUCUUGGCCGACAUGCUCUUGCUUUCCUCUUCACCGUGUUAGAGGGCGCAGCUUGACGUCGCUUGUUUUAAAGAGUACGGCUUCUGUUAACCGCGAACCAGGGGAGGAGUAGGAGGGAAGUUUUGUCGGCGCGACGCCUGUUGAACCAUGCAGCACCACUCAACUCUUGCGGUGUCCCGGUCAUUGUACGAGAUGUUCAGGAAACGUCGGUUGCCGUAACUCGUGUAAUUCGGUGUUUAGGGAGUCAGAACCGUUUUUUUUUUUCUUUUUUUUUUUUCAAUCCCAGUGUAGCAUUCUCGGUUCCCUUUACACCCCGCUUCACACCUGACUGGUCCCCCCCCUCCUCUGCUCCCAAUCACCACCCCUCUGUUGUUCAUGACAUGCGGCAUAGGCUCGGUAAAAGAGCAUGCAAAACUCGUUAUCGUCUGGUGUGGAGAACAUGAACGACAGACAAGUUGUCUGUAGUCUCGUGUGCGGCGGUGUACGGUUGCCAGAAUGAAUGUCUUUACGGGAGGAGGUGGCCGCCAAGACAUGGACUGAAUAUAGGCUUUUUCAUUAUUUUUUUGUAGGAAUGGAAAUGACUUUGUAAAGCACUAAGAAGAAACAAGGAGAAAAAAAAAGUGAUUACCCGUGCUGCGUAUGUGAGAAUGCUUGUUUUGAGUGUGUGGUGGAGUGAGUGUUAAAAAGAAAACAAACAAAAAAUUGACUGGUUCAGAGUGCGUGGAACGUGUGUAUGUAUUGCGGUGUUAAGCUUGUGGAAUUUGAAGUCAGGUUUCUGUUUUAACAUUUUUAUAUACAUAGUAUGCCGAAGAAAAAAAAAGGACUUGAACGAAGAAACAAAGAAAAAUGAUGCUUUGUUUGACUCUGUCUAAAACUGAGUAAAUAAAUAUAUUGAAUGUAUUAAAACUUCGAAA